AGUACGGACAUUGUGUAUCUCGAGUUUUCAACGAAUUUCAGAGAAGAGCAUUCCAGAGGAAGAGAAGCUAAUCCAGUUUAAGCAAUCAAUCAUUGGGCGGAGGGAGGGGUAUUAGGUUCCAGCAGAAUCUACCCGUCUCUCCUGCCCCAUCGUCGCCGGAAUUUCUCUUUCUUUUUUACCAUCUCCCAGCUAUGGAAAGGAAUUUAAGCGACCAUACAUCCGCACAUGCUCGAAUCCAGCAGCUUGAGCGCGAGCGUGAUGACUUGCAUAAAGACAUUGAGCAGCUAUGUCUGCAACAAGGCGGACCGGGCUAUCUAGGCGUGGCUACUCGUAUGCAUCUUCACAGGACAGCUGCAUUAGAACAAGAGAUUGAAAACUUAAAAAAGAAGUUAACUGAGUGCUCUAGAGAAAACGAGAAUCUUCAAGAGGAGCUUUCACAAGCCUACCGCAUCAAGAGCCAACUAGCUGAUUUACACAAUGCAGAAGUCUCCAAGAACAUUGAAGCAGAAAAACAGCUUAAGUUCUUUCAAGGCUGUGUUGCUUCUGCAUUUGCUGAGCGGGACACUGCUGUCUUGGAGGCUGAGAAAGCAAAGGAAAAGGAGGAGUUUAAUUCAAGGGAAUUUUAUAAACUUCAGGAAAGUUUUGAAAAGCUUAGCUCCGAAUUGCUUGAAGAAAAAAAACUCACUGCCAGUAUACAGAGUGACCUAUCCAAGAGAUCAAGGCAGCUGGAGGUUUUUAGAGAGAUUGUGAAUAAAUUUUAUGGAAUUAGGCAACAUGCAUUGGAGGAUAAUGAGGAUGCUUGCUGGGAAGACAAAUGUGAGUGUCUUCUGCAUGACUCAUCUGAAAUGUGGAGAUUCAAAUCUGAUGAGGAAACAUCCAUCUCUUACACAAGUUCUCUGGAACUAGAAGUGGAGACAUUAAGAAGCUCUUUGGGUAAUCUUCAAAACAAGCUGAAAGUGGGUUUGGAAAUAGAGAAUCAUCUAAAGAACAAAGUACGUGAUUUGGAAAAGCAGAAAGUUCAUGUAGAAAAUAAGAUCAUGGCUGGAAUGUCUAUGCUACGUGAUUUUCAUUCUCAAUUUAGAAUCAGCAUAACAAGCAUGCUUGAUGAAGGAUUUUUGCAGAUCAGAUCCGAACUUCACGCUGUAGAAGAAAAAUUCAGGCAGCUUGAUUUGAAUGUAGAAAGCGAUAUCACUUCUCAGCAGGUGGAUGAUCUGAAUGAAACUGAAUGCAGAGACGUUCACAUAAAUACUGAGUCUAAUGCAGAAUCGAACACAAAGAGAGAUGAUCCAAACCCUUCAAAAAGCGCUGCCAUUGAAACUAGUGAAACCUCCGACGCACUUGCUCUGGCAUUACAAGAGAAGGUUGCAACUUUAUUGCUUCUAUCACAAGAAGAAGAACGACACCUUUUGGAGAGGAAUAUGAAUGCAGCACUUCAGAAAAGAAUAGUUGAACUCCAGAGAAACUUACUGCAGGUUACUACUGAGAAGGUGAAGGCUCUCAUGGAACUGGCACAACUGAAGCAGGAGUACCAAUUGCUGCUACAGAAAGGCGAUCAAGAUAUAAUACAAGGAAGACAUCAUUCUGAGAUUGAAGGCAAAAAAGCUGUUCAAGACGGAGAAGGAAGAUUGAAAAAUAUGCUGAAGAGAACUUAUUUAAGACGCUGGGGUGGAACACUUCAUUCAGAAGUAAACGAUGCUGAAUCUCAUGGCUUAGAUAUUGCAAGGAUGAAAAUUGAGAAUGCUAAUUUGAGAGAGAGUUUGGAAAGUAUGGAGCAUCUUACAUCUUCAAUCCGCAGGCUACGUUAUUCACUAUUGAAGGUUUAUGAGCGGAUCCAUGCAAAGACUAAUAAUAAGUCGCCUGAAUCUCUGGAGAACAUUAUCUAUGAAGCACAGACUAAUAAUAAGUCGCCUGAAUCUCUGGAGAACAUUAUCUAUGAAGCACAACUGUUGAAAAUUGCACUGGGAGGCUCCCUUCCGGUCAGCUGGUCUGCGGCUUCCGAUGCCAGAGACAGUAGCGCAGGCACUACUAAUGAGAUUUCAAAUGACGAUUUUACCCUCCUCGACAGUAAAGGAAAUGCAGACUUUGUUUCGGCAGCUGGGUCUGAGAUGGUGGAGCUCUUGGUCUUCGUUGCUCACCUCUUGAAAGAAAAAUGGUUCACCAAAGCUGAAACAAAUUGAAUGAAUGGUUAUCCCCUCCUGCUUGUACACAUUCCAUUUCUCUCAAAUAUUUUUAUUUGAUAAUGAUUAUCAUACAACUAUUUAGAAGUGUACUUCAUUUCUAUUUGGCUUAAAGAAUUAAGCCAAAGAGAAACGAAUUAGGCUUCAACAGCUACAAUUAAUUUCGAAUGCCAAACUAAUGUGGCAUUAAUAUUUUACCAGAAUUAAAACAGCGUGACAUAAUUAUUACUCCGUACUAUGCUUGUUUCUUUCACUUAUGAUGUUUUAUGACUAAAAUCUGUAGUGUGAU